GCGGUCUUGAAAUCUACUUUUACUUUGGCGGGAAAUUGAUUCCUUAUAAAAUCUCUUGAAACUAUUCCUCAAACCCAGUUUUUUUCUUUAGUGGCAACGUCUUGAUAUGCAUACGUCAGAAAUUUCAAAAGGUAAAUGCACAAGUCUCAAAGCAGAGAGCCUUCUAUCUCGUCCGAAUUCUCAAGAAUGUGGCAUCGAAGACGAAAACAAAGUCGAUCGUGCAACUUGUAGUUAUGAGAACUUAAGCGAGCGAUUUCGGCUAAAGGAGCGUUCUUUCGGGAGGCAGUAUUCGCAGUUUUACGCCGUGAGGCUAAUGGCGAUGAGGAAAAAGCUUGCAGCUGCUGCAAGGAGAAAGUGGGGAAAUUCAUUACCAAUCAAGAAACUCACAGAGCUUAAAUUGGAAGAAAAGUGCUGUAUUAUUGGGACCUUGUUCAAGAAGAUGGAGUUGAAGCCAUGUGUUCUGAAGGAGAUGAGUGCCGAGCAAAAUCUUCUGUUGCAGCCCAGCAGGGUUAAUUAUGCCUCAGAUGACGACUUCAUGGUACUAGAAGAUGAAUGUGAACGGGUGGUUUUGACAGGGAAUAUUGAAGUUGGUACAUCUAUUAGUGGUACUAUCAUGGCCUUGUCUGGCCGUACUUCUGAUGACGGCAAGUUUGUAGUAGAGGACUCCUGUACCAGUGGUCUGCCGUACCAGGUUGCACCAGACCUCGACCAGGACAUAGCCGAGGGAAAUGACCGCUUCCUGGUAUUGGUGUCAGGUCUUGGGUUUGGGGAGGAGAGUCAGGAUAUGCUAAGCUUACAGCUGCUGAGUGAUUUGAUAACUGGAGAACUAGGCAGUUUACAGGAUCAAGAGUCUUGUGGUAAAGUUGUGAGAGUCAUUGUGGCGGGGAACUCUCUCAGCAAAUGCACACAGACCAAAGAGAGUGAAAAAAAGGCAAAAUAUUUGACAAGAAAUCUCACUGCUGGAACCGUCUCUGCUGUCAAAAGUCUUGAUGAGUUUCUGCAACAGCUUGCUUCUUGUGUUGCUGUUGACGUCAUGCCUGGUGAAUUUGACCCCACAAACCACGCCCUGCCCCAGCAGCCUCUUCAUCGGUGCAUGUUCCCCGAGGCCAUCGCAUAUCCCACAAUGCAAAGUGUGACUAACCCAUAUGAAGCUGUCAUAGGAGGCAUCAGAGUGCUUGGCACCUCGGGCCAAAAUGUUAGUGACAUCAGUAAGGUCACUACUUUUGACAACAGUAUGGACAUCUUGGAACAGAACAUGGUGUGCAGCCAUCUUGCACCUACAGCACCUGACACCCUAGACUGUUACCCAUACGCUGAUCAAGAUCCCUUCAUCCUGGAGAAGUGUCCUCAUGUCUACUUUGCAAGCAAUCAGCCAAGCUAUCAAUCCAAAGUACUCACUGGUGACAAUAAGCAGAGAGUCCUCCUUGUUGCUGUGCCAGCGUUUGCCACCAGCAAGACAUGCGCCUUGAUCAACCUGCGCACGCUCACCUGCCAACCACUGAAGGUCUCUUCCACCAUCGCAGGCUCACGGGAGAACGGCCAUGAGGACAAGACAGAGGGAGAACCUAUGGAGAGUUAGACAUAAUACUGAAUAUUAACGCCACAGUUACAUAUGAAUUCCUUCAACAUAAAGCUGUUGCAACUAUUCAACUGGAUCCGUGUGGGGUUUAGUUGCAUGCACAGGAUUUAUGGGAAGCUAAAGGGAGGUGGAUAGAAAUGGGGGAGGGGGGUAACACAGACUUAGAUGCUGUACUAUACAAAAAAGUGUAGAGCCCUCUCGUUUGGAAGGUCUGCUCUAGUGAAGAAAAAUUGAGUACCGCUUCAAACGAGCUACAUAAAAGAAAAUGGUCCCGCUGGCUACGGGCCCGCAGAAUAUCACUCUGUUGUCUUUCUGUGUUCCAUCUACUGUGUUACAUGUUCCAUAAUAGCAAAUAUUUUACUGGUUAAGCCAGGCCUAGGACAAACCCUGCUCUAAAUCCAAAUGAACACAGAACAAUCGAAUUGGCAUGCAUUUGAAAGCAACACAACUAGGCCUCAGUAACAAGCACUAUUGUAAUGAGCUUGAAGGGCUGCGCACAUUUCUUGGGUCAAGGUCAAGCAACUCCACGAAUAGUAUACUUGUGGCUUAGCGUCCAAGAACUUAUAAACCAACUGUAUAUUAAUAAAUGUUAUCAGAUGUGUUUGAACAUCAGAAGCCUUCA